AUGACUGUCUAUUCCUUCUACAUCUUUGAUCGCCACGCGGAAUGUAUUUACAAACGCCGUUGGCUUCCGCGCCCGACGUCCGUCGCGGGCAAGUCCCAGACCCAGGGUGGACCAACAGGGCUCGGUCAGACAGUGAGAGCAAGCGAUGAUGAUGCAAAAUUGGUCUUUGGUACCGUGUUUUCUCUCCGAAACAUGGUGCGCAAGCUUGGAGGCGAUGAUGACAACUUCAUCUCCUUCACCACCAACCAGUACAAGCUGCACUACUACGAAACUCCGACCAAUAUCAAGUUUGUCAUGUUGACGGAUCUCAAGAGUCCCAGCAUGCGCAUCGCCCUGCAGCAGAUCUACAUCAAUCUGUUUGUCGAAUAUGUGGUCAAGAAUCCGUUGUCUCCGGUCGAGCACCCUGGUGGCGUGGGUGUCAACAAUGAGCUGUUUGAGGAGUCAUUAGAACAAUUUGUGACUCGGGUUCUGGCGUGA